AUGGAGCCUGAGUUACGCUUUUCGUCACCCCAACCCGGGCCAGGCCUGGAGACCCCAUCACCGUCCGGAGACAGGAGAAAAUCCGGUCGGGCGACGCGGAGGCCCGAAUUAUUAUCCCAGAGUUAUAGCGAUGCCAAUGGUGCGACCGCGGGCGGCGCCAAACGAAAGCGAAUUGCUACCGGUGACGAGAACCAGGAUGAUAUCGACAAUGCCGAUGACGCGUCUGAACUAGAAAGCGAGGAUACCGAGGAGGGUGAUGAACCCGACGAGGAAGAAUUGCGGGAGCAGAGACGGGCUGCGCGCAGUAAGAAAACAUCUUUUGGAACGAAAAGCAAGGCCAAAUCGCAAGGCUCUCGAAGUACAAAGAAGCCCAAGGUAACUGGGAACGGGAUUGGAAGUCAGCUAGCCCUGCGACCGGCUGCAAAUAGUGCAAAGCUGGCUUCGCGACCUAGAAGACCGAAAGUGCGAUCUAGUCUGGCCGCUGGUGAAAGUGGUCUUUAUGCGGAGGUCUUCGGCAAAGGGCGUAACACUGAAACCGUCGCCGCAGAGUGGCUCACACGAUACCAAGAGGUGCAGACGACUGCGAUGCGCGAUCUGGUUAAUUUCGUCUUUAGAUGCUCCGGAACCGAUCUUGAAGUUACCACUGGGGAUAUCGAGGAUGUCGACCAUAUAAACAAACGCGUUCAAGACAUGCAGGAACAAUAUGUCGCCCAACAAAUCACCGAAUACCCUCUAAUUUCAAAGUCUCGAAAAUUUAAGUCCUUCCAGCCUGUUUUGGAGAAUUUCUUCGUGACUCUCAUGCAAACUCUGCACCAUUCUUCAGUUUUAUACGACGACAGAGUCCUUUACGAGAAUCUCCAGUCUUGGCUAUCUUCUUUUUCUUCUUCUCGCUAUAGGCCUUUUAGGCAUACCGCAACCAUUAUCGCCUUGUCGAAUAUGAAUGCCCUCUGCGACAUUGCUCGUGAAUUGAUGACCUCAGUUUCAACCUCACGCAAGCAGCUAGAAAAUGAGAAGAAGAAGAAGACAGUCAACAAAGGCCGGGUGGACGCUAUCAAGUCAUCAAUUCAAGAAGGCGAAACUAAACUUGAACUGAUAGAUGAUCUUCUCAAGGAUGGAGUGAACAUAUUUUUCGUGAACCGCUAUCGAGAUGUCGACCCGAAAAUUCGCGCAGAAAGCAUAGCGGCGCUGGGAAGGUGGAUGCACAGUUACAGGGAAUACUUUUUCGAAGGCCAAUUUCUUCGAUAUUGCGGUUGGAUUAUAUCUGACAGUGACGUCCAUACACGGUCCGUUGCACUGCGUCAGCUUCUGAGUGUAUACUCAAAUAAAGACAAUAUUGCUGGAGCGCGUUCGUUCACCGAGCGUUUCCGUCAUCGAUUUGUGGAGAUAGCUACUCAUGACUCCGACGUUGGGAUGCGUACGAUGGCGAUUGAAUUACUCGAUUUGAUCCGAGAUGCUGGGCUUAUCGAGCCUGCUGAUGUUGACACUGUCGGGAGACUCAUAUUUGAUUUGGAGCCCCGUGUACGCAAGGCAGCAGGGCCUUUCUUCGUCGCAAAUGUGCAAGACGUUUUCGACUCAACGCUUGAAGAGUCUGUAGACGAAGUCAGUGAGGUAUUCGGUGAUGAUGAAGACGAAGAUGAUUUCGAGUCCCCGAAACGUUCUUGGAUCAAAUUCAAGUGCCUCGCGGACAUCAUCCAGGCAUACGACACUCCAGAUGAUGGUGCGGCGCCGGAGCCAAAUGCAACAUCAAGGGAUGCACUGUCAGGUAUAUCAAUGGACUCGCGGUUUGUGCUCGCUACUGAGGCUAUUUACCCAUACUUUGAUGAAUUGGCGAAUUGGCAGUCUCUGGCUGGCUACCUUUUAUUCGAUCACUCCCAAAUCCUCGACGAGCCUAGUGACGAUGAUACCAGCGGGGCGGUCAAGAAAAUGUACAAAAUUCAAGAAGGCCAAGAAGUGAUCCUGUUGGAAGUGCUUUGCUGUGCUGUCAAGCUCAGAAUUCUCGCUGUUGCCAAAUCCGACGUUGACAAGCGCGGCCGAAAAAUUAAAGCAUUGACUGACAGAAUCCCAGAGCUACAGGAAGAAAUAGCUCAUGGUCUUGCUCAGAUCAUCCCGCAGCUCUUGAACAAAUUCGGGUCUUCACCGGAAGCUGCCUCUGCGGUUCUACGUUUGGAGCACCUUGUUGAUCUUGAUAAGAUACAAGACCUUCAAAAAGACGCAACAGCCUAUACAUCCUUGCUGAAUGACAUCAACAAGCAAUUCCUUACCCAUUCUGAUCAAGAUGUUCUAGCCGAAGCCAGUGUUGCUUUCCUCCAUGCAAAGAGUUCUGACGAUAUGCGUGAAGCACUUGACAGCAAAAUCCAAGAACUCUGGGAAGACAUGGUUGACACUCUCAGCAGACUGUCUCAACAAAAGGAAGUAACUGGUGGUGGACCGAUACCAUUUUCGAUCCUCAAUGAACUCAACAACACCGCGAUAAGGGUCUCUAAUCUAUCUAGUGUAACUGAUUGCACCCAGAUUCUCGAGACACCGCUCUCCAGCCGAUCAAAAGGUAGAAGCAAAAAGGAAUUAGAGGCACCGUUCAACACUCUGUUGCGCUUGGUGCAAAGAGGCUUGCGCGAAGAAACAUUAACCGAUAUCGAGGAAGACGAGGAAGCUGCCAGAAUAGAGGUCGAAGUAGUGAUAAACAGUAUCAGGACUCUCCUGUUCUAUUUCAUGUGGAAGGUACAAAAUCUACGCACAGCCCUAGAAGCUGGGAAAGCCAAGUUCAACACAGCAUAUUUUGAGGCUCUGACCAAGAGCCGUGAGUCAUUUGUUGAGGCUCUUGUUGGCAUAAUUAAAGAACGAUCCGGGUUGGACGAUAUUCGCUUCUCUGCAACUACCACUCUCCUUGAUCUUCAGACUCUUUUCGGUACAUUCCGGAACGUGGGCCCGGGUGCUGGAAAUGAUGAAGACACCAUCUUCCAGGCUCAAAGUUUGAUACAUGAAUUCGAUGCAGAUGUCCAGAGUCUUAUCACCAAGGUUCACGGGGUAGCGCUCAGGACAUACGCGAAGAGGUCAGGCGUGCCAUUUGAACCCGCAGAAGACGACGCUCCUGCCUCGGACUCCGAACUCGAAAGAGAACCCAUGGAUGACGAGGACGAGGAGAACCAAGUGCUUCAUGACGAGCGGCUGCGAACCAAGAUUAUCGCAGAACAACGCCUCUGCGAGCUGACCGGAAAGCUCGUGCUCGCAAUCAUUGGACGCAUCAUCGACGCAUCCGGGUCGAAUAGCGGACAGCUUAAGAAGAAACUAUUGAAGCAUAGGACACGCCUUGGCCCGAAUUAUCGCGAGGUUCUGGUAUUCCUUGAAGACAAAGCUCCCAAACGCACCGCUUCACGGCCUGCCCAAUCUAAAGUGAAGCAGUCUGCCGCGCAGGGUGCAAACAAGGCACAGCCCGGAACUGCAUCGAAUAAGCUCCCAGAGCAAACUAAGUCAACUGAAAGGGUCGAAGAAGAAGACGAGGAACAGCGCGCUAGCGACGAGGAGAUGGAGGAAGAUAACGUCGACAUCGACAAAGACAACGAGGAAGAUGAGAACCAAACUGCGGCACCUGAACCAGAUGAAGACGAAAUAAUGGGUGACUGA